UUAUAAAUGCGUUUGCUCAUACACAGAACAACCAGUAGGAUAGCGUUAGCAAACCGACUCUAAUAACUACAGUUACUGUACACAUUUAUCUCUUAUUCAAAUUUUCAAUAAAUAACAACAUUUACUAUGACAUCUGAAGCAUCCAAGACCAUAAUACCUGAUUGGGUAAAGCCUGAUAUCUUCAUUGAUAUACUAAACGAAUCUGUAGAAGGUUUCGUGAGAAUCACAAACUUCAAAGCCGAUAGCGGAUCGGCACCAGGAGAAAAUUACGCCACUAUCAUGCUGCGAGUGAAUAUUCAAGUCGAACUGAAAGAUGGUUCAGAAAAAUCAAUUUCCUUUAUGUUAAAACUUCCUCAUCAGUCAGAAAUGUAUCUGGAAAUAUUGAAGAAAAACAAUUUUUUCGAAGCAGAACGUACAAUGUAUAACACAAUUAUUCCAGAAAUGGAAGAAUUGUAUCGUGAAGCGGGUGUAGAAGUAAAAUUCGGCGCCAAAUCAUAUGAUCUAAGAGGUGUUGACUCAUACUAUGUCCUGCUUGAAGAUCUCGCUCCACAUGGUUUUAAAAACAUGAACAGAAUAGAGGGCCUGGACCAGGUUCACACCGAAUCAGCGCUACGAAAGCUCUCUCAAUGGCAUGCAGCCUCAGCUGCACGAGUUGCUAAUAUUGGACCUUAUCCAGAAAAGUAUAGUAUUGGAUUUUUCAGGGAAGAAAAUCGUGCAAUUAUGACUCACAUCAAUAGCAAUACAUCACAAGACGUCUUAAAUGGAUUGCUAACAUUUGAGGAUAACGAAGAAUACAUAGAACAUGUGAAAAUCUUUGGUCCUAAAUAUACUGAUAUAUCCUUCAAAUUAUCUGAGCCAGAUAGCGACGGUCUUAAUGUACUUAACCAUGGCGACUUUUGGAGUAACAAUAUAAUGUUUUCUCAUGAUUCUAUUGGUAACGUAAGUGAGACAUAUCUAAUAGACUUUCAAAUGCCAAAGUAUGGAACAGUAGCGCAAGAUAUAUACUAUUUGCUAUUGUCAUCAACAAAAUAUGAAGAUAAGUUGACUAAAUUCGAUUAUUACAUUAAGUUUUAUCAUGAGAAUCUCGUGGAAAAUCUGAAACUUCUGAAAUACACAAAAUCAUUGCCGACUCUGCGUGAUAUUCACAUUUCGCUUUUGAAAUACGGUUUCUGGGGCUACCUCACUGCGACCCGAAUAAUGAAUGCUGUUCUUGCAGAUCCCUCAGAAAAAGCUAACUUUGAUGAUUUGCUGAGCGAUACAAACAAUGGUAACGAAUUCAAAAAAUCGCUCUAUUCGAAUCCUCGAUAUCAGAAGCACGUUAAAUUGGUAUUGCCAUGGCUACUGAAUCGAGGCGUGUUUGAAGAAUAUUGAUAUAAUUUUUUAAUUAUUUGCAUAUCACAAAGUAUUUGAAAAUAAAAAGGAAUAGUAAAAUG